GUCAGUGACGCGCAGACAGAAAGCGGGACCUGCCCUCCCGUCGCCAUUUUUCGGUCUCGUACUCGUACUUCUGGUGGCUCGGGUGAGGAGGGGGGGGACGAGCAGAAAUAAGGGAAACUAUAAAAUACAGAACCCGUUUAAGCCGGGAUCCCUCGUGAGCGGUCGGAAAUACACGCACGAGCUUCAGCAUAACGGCGUGGCACCUGAGAUGAGCGCGCAGGAGACGCGCCGCUGCUGUGAAAUCUCUUUUUGUGUGAAGACGUGUUGCGGGCCGCCAUUUUUUGCUCCGCCGCCUCAAAAGUCUGCUCCGGCUCAAGAAAGGGGAUUCAAAAACGCAUUUUUCAUGACGUGUGCCUCACAGUGAGACCACGAAGAUACAAAGUAGCCGUCUCGUUUCCGACCCGUGGCCACUGGCGACUUUUUCUUUGGCCGACAGAUGUAACACCGAGUCGUUUUUAUAACUGACACUGACUGGAGGAGAUACCAUUAUUCGAAGACUGGUGUUUCUCGGAAGGCGGAACGAAAAAGGGAAGCUUCAUUGAUCCGUUGUUGCUUUGCUCCUCGUCGGCUUUUUGGCUGUCGCAAGUUUGUAGUUUGGUGGUUUUUUUGGUGCAUUUUUGGCCGCUGAAACAAUCCACUGACUGCUGAGCACAGGAACCACAUAAUGUUCCAAAGUUGGAUCAAGCCAGUCUCAGCCUGUCUCUGAAACACGUCAGGUUGUUUUUGUUUUCUGUUGCUGGGUUGUUGUUUGUUUUAUUUUUUUUAAUCCGCGGUCUCCAGAGCCGGCAGCAUUUGUGCAGAACUCCCGGGGCGACGAGUGCCCUGCCCUGCAUCUCUCUAACCCCUCCGGCUGGUCGUGAUUAACUCUUUUUUCCCCCUUUUUUUCCCCCAACCGCGUCUAUUUUGUAAUGUUUCCUUCUUAUUUUUAAGUCUUGAUAUUAACUUAUUUGGGGAGCAGACAUGUCAAACGCUCGGUUUGAUUCGGCUGAUCGGUCCGCCUGGUAUUUUGGACCCGUGUCGCGACAAGAGGCACAGAACCGGUUACAAGGACAGCGGCACGGCAUGUUUCUUGUUCGCGACUCGUCGACCUGCCCCGGCGACUACGUGCUGUCGGUGUCGGAGAACUCCAAAGUGUCUCACUACAUCAUCAACUCUUUGCCCAGCAAGAGGUUUAAGAUCGGAGACCAAGAGUUCGAGCACCUCCCCGCUCUCCUGGAGUUCUACAAGAUCCACUACCUGGACACGACCACGCUCAUAGAGCCGGCCCCCAGGUACCCAAGCACAGUGAGUGGUCCUAUCCAGCCCAUGGGAGGCCCAGAUGAGAACCUGGAGUAUGUGCGGACUCUAUACGACUUCAUUGGCAGCGAUGCAGAGGACCUUCCCUUCAAGAAGGGGGAGAUCCUCGUCAUCCUUGAGAAGCCAGAGGAGCAGUGGUGGAGCGCCAAGAGUAAAGAGGGACGUGUCGGGAUGAUCCCUGUGCCCUACGUGGAGAAAUUGGUACGACCGUCACCUCAUCCUGGCCAACCUUCCCAUGGAUCUCGCAACUCCAACAGCUAUGGGAUCCCAGAGCCCUCCCACGCUCUCGUCCACGCCUAUGCCCAGCCCCAGACGCCAUCGCCAUUGCCCCCCGGAACGCCUGGAGCCGUUAUCACCCCUCUACCGUCCAUGCAGAACGGCCCCGUCAUGGCAAAGGCCAUCCAGAAACGCGUGCCGUGCGCCUAUGACAAAACGGCUCUUGCUUUAGAGGUUGGUGACAUCGUCAUGGUUACUCGGAUGAACAUCAGCGGCCAGUGGGAGGGAGAGGUAAAUGGACGGAGGGGUCUCUUCCCAUUCACCCAUGUCAAAAUCAUAGACCCCCAGAACCCGGAUGAGAGUGACUGAUCCAAGACCUCGACUGGACCGUCUCGUCAGUAUUUCCUGUAGCUGAAUCUGCUGGCCGUGUCCACCUUUCCCGCCAGUGUCACCACGGUUACGUGCUUGCCUGCUUAGGGCUGUACCAUGAUAGCGCCCCCUCUGUUGUUGCCAACCGUUGUAAGGCUUUCUGACUGUUUACAGCUUUGGACAUUGGUUCCAAACUAAAAACCUGACCCCUCUUCUCCCCAAUUCCCUUUCCCUACGACUGGGCAGUGUUAAAAAAAAAUGUUGCAUUAGUGUCCUUUUCAUUUCCAGAUCACUGGGCAUCAGUGUGAGUGCGUAUGUGUAUGUGCGGAUGUAUGUAUACUUGUGUAUGUGUGUGAUCACAAUAGAUAUUUAGCACAUUACAUCACAUGUUUUUUUUAUUUUUUAUUUCUCUGAAUAUUUGUUAUGUUUGAAGUAUUGGGGACUUUAGAAAGUGUCGGUGUGUGUUUUGUUUUGUUGAUGUGAGGAUAUUUGUGCGAAGUAGGGAACAGCAAUAUCCCUAUGGACUUUGGAGAGCACUGAGGCAAUGAGGAGCUAACCAGCCAGUCAAAUGUUAUUUCUCCAAACAAUCAAGUCACUGUUGUACCUUAACCAUCUCUCUCACACACACACACACACACACACACACACACACACACACACACUGGCCAUGAGUUAUUCAGGUUGACAGUUUUUUUUACGUCUGUGAUGUGUGACUGACGUCAGGAGGAAGCAGGAAAGAGAGAGGUUUGUGGAAGAUCUAGGUUGUACCUUGACAUAAUAUAUCCCCUCCACUCUUCAACCUGGCACAUGUCUGGCUGACGAGACUUAUUUAUAUUUAGUUAAUAAGACAUGACACGGCCAUAAGUGAGUUUAUCCUUUUUUCUUAUUUGUGCCACAUGAUCAAAUAUAGUUUUUUAUUUUGUUUGUGACAUUGAGAGGAUGUAUUGUAGAGGGCUGACUGCAUGUCCACUUGGUACCUCUCUUUACUGUCCUUUGCAUUAUUUUGAACUGAAAGGACAUUGCUUAGAGGUUAGUAGGUUUUUAGUUCCGACAGCGCCGAGCACUAGAAGAGGUUUCAACUUUCUGCAUAGGAGUGCCACGCUUCGAACGGGUUUUCAAAAGUCAAGUAGCAACGUCCGCGGCCCUGGCCAGCACUUUCCCACAAGCAUCCGAAUAAAAGGCUGAAGGCUUUCCACUGAGGUGAGGAUCCCUGCGUCCAGUGGCUCAGGUCAGGGGAGGAGUUAAUGUUUCAGCAAGCCAAUGAGAAUCCCAUCAAUGCCUUUUUACAGAGAAUAAGAUCAAUGCAUCUUUUUUUUUUAGCGUAUGCAAUCCUCUCUGCAAACUUGUGUUUUUAAAUGCUAUGUUGCUCCCGUCAGGUUGGGAUUUCAACCAUCUUUAUUACUUCGAUAUCUGGUCUGUGCACAACUUGUCUCUUUAUGCAAACUGUCAGAGUAGCGGGGAAAGCGUCUUUGUUCCUACUGUGCUGCCACCAAUUUGGCCAGUAGGAGCAGCCAAUUAAUUUAGCCAAUUUUCUGCUGUAAAAAUGCCCCCCCCCCCCCUCCCUCUAAUGCUUUCCCUUCAAAUCAGUGCUCAGCCAUUCACUCAGAGUAAUAUUGUGCAGCUUUUAGUUGUAUCCCUAUUUUUUAUUUAUUUUUUGCCAGUUUAUAGUCGGCUAUUAAAUGGAGCAUUUUCUUAAAAUGAUUGGUGUUAUUAAACUUAAGUAUCUACGGUGACAUUUACAAAAGGGAAAAAUGCCUGCUGGUUGCCUCUGCAUGACCUCUUGGCCGGGGGAAAUGGUUCUGCCUGGCCAAAUGCUGCUUAAUGCCAUUUUUAUCCUUAUUAAAUCAAGGUUUAUCUCAUUUUAAUCCCCCCAUGUCUGCGCAAACAAACCGGUGUGGGCUUUUCCUCAUCAAACUUAAUGAAAUCUACUAAUUAAGCAAUACACCCUGAUUCUUUCCUUUGUUGAGGUGAACUUGCUUUUCUCUUGCUUCCGAGUUGUUUUGUAAUGGCAUUAACAGUAUUACUGUGCUCUCUUCUCAUAUUCUAGGAAAGCCUGUCUUUUACUUAAGAAUUGAAAAUUGUGCCUUUUUAUUUUCUUAUACCAUUUACAUGUGUUAAUAUUUCCCAUGGUUAACACCUGUGCUGGUAUUGACCCUUUAUGUACAGAACAAGUAAAUAAAAUUUACGUCUACUUCUUUAA